AUGAUAUCCUCAUCAAUUCAUAUUCGUUGUCUUUUAUUAUUCUUUAUCCUUUUGCAAUCUGUUUCACUUUACAAAAUCUAUGCAGACGAUCAGCAGCAUCCAGAUUCAAAAGACUCGUCUUUCAAAGACGAAACCAACCCAUUAAUACAACAUGAAAGUUUCGAAGAUGAAGAUAAUAUUAGAGACGACACAGACAAUUGGCAGCUGAAAUCAAAACGUUCAAUAUCAUCAAAUGGACUUCGACAAACGCCACAACGUCAGAACAGUCGGCCACAUUGGAAUCCUUUGGUAGCUGCGUAUAAGCGUUGCGGUGAAUUAACUUCGCGUAUCGAACGCGAGUCAUGUUUCAAAGAAGCUGUGCAAAUGCUCUUUGUAUAUAAACUAAGAAAAUAA